UUAUAAAUACAUAAAAAUAUGUCAAACCAAUUCUAUAAUAUUAAAUGGCAAGAAGCCAUAAAUGAUUUAAUGGAGUAAAUAACAUUAGAAAAUUUACCGCUUGAAUAAAACGAGCAAACCCUUGGCAUAAAAUAUAAAAGAGACAACUAAUAAUGGCUUCAUUUUUGGUCAACAUUAUAUAUAAAAUACAUUGAAAUAUAUAAAAAAUUGGAAGAUUGUUACGAUCAACUAGUACAUCCAUAAAAGCGAGUAUUAUUAAAAUAAAUGUUAGAAACAGUAAUUGUUCGUAUGUGCGAAACCAAGCAACAAGUAAUAAAAUACAAUACACAAUAUGAUGCCACAAUCCGUUCUGAAUUCCCCAAUUUGGAUGAAUUAGUAAUGGAUUUAAAAUUAACUCCUGAUUGUUUAGACAUUCCAAUUCCUCGUUAUUUCCGUGAAGAAGACAAGAAAAAACUCGACGAAAGAAACUAACUUGUAGACUAACUUUUGCUAGAUUUUAAGGAAACAAAAGAGCCUUAAGAAGAAGUAUAUGAAGACACAAGUCAACUCCAGGCUGAUAUAGACACGGCAAUAAAAAUAAUAUAAAAAUACGAAAGAGGCCGUUAAGGAAUCGAAAGAGCCCUUUUAGCAAAAGCCUUAAAAAAAGAAGAAAUAAGAAACCAAGAAAAAAAAAUAAAACUAGCCUAAGGGCAAGAAAUGACUUUAGAAUAAGAACAAGAUAUAAUGUCUUUAAUAAUAAAAAAAUACUGGCGAGGAUACAAAGCCCGAAAAGAAAUAGAAGAAAUGAGAGAAUAAGAGUAGAUUUUUCUUGGAAUGAAAAAAUACUCCGAAGAUAUAAAUCUCCCAGAAUCCUAAUAUAAAAUGGCACAAAACCAAAGGCAAAAAUUGAAAUUUUUAUAAGAAGAACAUUACUAAGAUUUUUAAUAAGAACUCGAAAAUCUUAAGCAAAUUGUAAAAGAUAAUGAAGGCCCUGAUAUUAAAGAAAAAAUGCUUCAAGAAAGACGAGAAUGGAUUAUGAAAUAUCUAGAAGAUCGAGAAUUUUAAGAUGCGCCAGUCGACCUUACCGAUUUUUAUGAAAGGUUUAAUGUAUUAGAUCCUGAAUAGUAGGCUUUGGCUUAAUAAAAAGCAGAAGAAGAAGCCAAAAAGAAAUAAGGAGGCAAAAAAGAUGAAAAAAAAAAAGGAAAACCAUCUGAAUUAGAAGAGUUUUUAGACUCAAAUAAGCCUACAGGACCUUCUGAAUAAGUUUUGAAAAUUCAAGAAUAAAUUUUAAAGUAGACAUAGGAUUGGUCAAAAAGGGACGAAACACAAAAUUUCGAGCAAAAGCAUGAAACUGAAUUAGCAAAAGAACAGAUAAAACCUUUUGUAGAAGAUUAAAUAUAAACUUAUGUCGAUUAAAUGAUUGCUAUUGAACUCGAUAAUAUUAGAAUUAGAUAUGAUAUUAAGAAAAAAAAACCAAAGAAACCCAAAAAACCUAAAAAACCUAAAGGAAAAAAAAAAAAAUUCCCUGGAGAUGCUGUAAAUAGGGGAAGAGACCCAAAAGAUAUUCUUGCAGGAUUAGUAGAUAAAGGUGUCGUUAAAAAACUUCUUCCAGCUUCAAUUAUGGAUCUGAUUGGUGAAUAGAAUGUUUUAGGAAAACUACAAGAAAUAUAAGCUCAUGAAACGUUUAAAUAAACAGAGCAAAUUGCUGAUGCUAAAAUAAAAAAAGCAAAAAUGGAAGAGCCUGGUAAUAAAAUGCCUGAUCCAUCAAUAGCUUAAGUUCGAUAAGUUAUAGUUGAAAAUAUCGCAAUUCCUCUAGGUUCAAAUUAUGCUAAAGAGAAAUUAGAUAAAUAGAAUUACUUUUGUUUCUUUGGACCUUCCGGAUCUGGUAAAACAUUAGCAAUAAGAGCACUUGCACACGAAUGUAAUGCAUUAAUAAUUGAUAUAUCUCCAUCAACAAUAGAUGGCUAAUUUACAGAUAAAAAAGCAAUAGAUGGUUUAAUAAAUAGUGCCUUUAAAGUAGCCAAAGAGUUCUAACCAGCAAUAAUAAUAUGUGAUGAAUUAGAUUAUAUUUUUUCUUAAGGAAAAAAAAAAAAAGGAGUUGUUGUUAAUCCUUUAUUUUCAAAAAUGAAAAAACCUAUUCAAGAUUUUAAAAAAGGAAAAUUCUUCGAACCUACUGAUAGAUGUGUAUUUAUUGGUUGUUGUAAUAAGCCUUGGGAAUGCUCGCCUAAAGAUGUGAAGAAUUUCUUUGAUAAAAAAAUCUAUUUCCCUUUCCCUAAUUAUGGAACUAGAAAAUUAUUAUUUAAACAUUUCCUUCAAUAAAAAGGGAUUAAAGUUCCUGAUAAUUUCCCUCUUAAUAUUGUUGCUCAUAUAUCAGAAGGAUGGCCUGCUGGAUCAUUUAAAAUGGCAAUUGAUAAAGUACUUACUGAAAGAAGAAUUUUAAGACUAAGUUCUGAUUAACUUAAAAUUAAUGAAUUUUUAGGAUACCUAGCAAAUGCUCCUUUUACUUCUAAAGAAGACUUUAAAGAAUUUAAAAAAUUUAAUCAAGUAGUUACAGGACUUCAAGCUAAUUAUGAUGCUAAAAAUAAGCCUGUUGAUGAUAAAAAUACCAAAAAGCCAGGAAAAAAAUGA